UAAUCGUAUCAUUGUCGACUUUUCGAGCGGGAAAAAUCGAAUUUUUCGACUGGGAUGGCGGACUUUGAUGCGAUUUACGAGGAGGAAGAGGAGAACGAACAAAAUUUGGAGGAGCAUUAUGUGACGAUGGUGCCUGACCCUAUAAUUAUUCGUGGCGCUGGAAAUAUGACAGUGUUUGGGCUUAGCAAUCGUUUCGAGUCAGAGUUUCCUAGUGGCCUGGUAUCGAGAGUAGCGCCGGAGGAAUUCAAGGCAACCGUUAUGAGAAUAAACAGUGUAUUGAAAAAGACAUUACCGGUUAACGUUAAAUGGUUAUUCUGCGGUUGUGUAUGCUGCUGCUGUACCUUGGGAUGCUCCUUGUGGCCGGUUAUUUGUCUGAGUAAAAGGACGCAACAUUUGCUUAAUAAAUUGUUGGAAUGGGAGAACGGUAGACUGUAUCAUAAACUUGGAUUACAUUGGCGAUUAACUAAACAAAGAUGCGAUAGCUCCUCCAUGAUGGAAUACGUACUUUUAAUCGAAUUUAUUCCAAAAAUACCAAUCUAUAGACCGGAUUAAAAAUUUGAAUAAGUAACAAUUAUGUCUCGUACAAUCGACAAGGAUAGGAUGUUUGUGUGUGUGUGUGUGUGUGUGUGCGCGUGCGUGCGUGCGUGCGUGCGUGUAUAACAAAGGCACUCGAGUAGCCAGAUUCGUUAUAUGUAAUUUUAUAGAGCGGAGAAAAGCAGUAGAUAUCGCAGUAAUGCCAUAGAUGUUUGGUGGAACGCAUAUUUUUGUAAAUAUUACGCGUAGGAGGCAAUACACGGUAAAAUGAUAAGAGAUAGGUAUACGGGCAAUAGCAGAUAGUCGUCGAUUAAUGGCGCGAUGUUGCAUCGUCGAUGGUGCGAUAUAUAGAGGAGAUGCACGAGUUAAACGUAUUCCAACGUAUUUGAUGUUACUUGAUUUCGUCAUUGACGAAAAAUGUAGCGUAAAUCGAGAUCCGUCUCUGCGCAUUUUAUUACCAUUGAUAGAUACCUUAGAGUACGAUCGAAAUACGAGCCAUUUACACUCCCAUCUUUCAUAAUAAUAUGAAAGAAUCAUGUUGUUGAUAUCUAUCCAUUGACGAAUCAUUGACGAAUCGACGAGAAGAGAUGAGAAGGUAUUUUUCGUUUAUGCAAAAAUAUGUAUCCUCUUCUUCGUAUAAGCUAUCGCGGAUAUAAUGCGUAAGCGUUUAUUAUUAUUAUUAUUAUUAUUAUUAUUUCAAAUUUUUAAUCUACUCUUACUUACUUGAUAUUGUUUUAAUAUCGAGGACCUAUCGGCUAAUUAGUAUUUCAAUUCUCAGGUAAGAAAUUAAUCUCAAUCAGUACAACGAAUAUAUUAAAUUUUAGGAAAAAAUAAUGUAAAAAGUGAAAAUGACCCUAUAGACAAUUUUGUGUAAUUGCAAAAUGUAUCGGAUUAAGCGUAACUUGUACAUAUGACUGUGUAUACGUAUAGAUUUACAUUACGUAUGGGUUUAAUUUCUUACCGCGGUGAUAUUUGAGAAAUUACGCUAUCUAUGUACAGCUUAAAAAUUAAUUUCAAAUUUUAACGAACUAUUACAAAAUGAAUUCUCUUAUAGUUAUAGAAAAUUGAUAUGCUUGUGCGCUUAACUUGGUAUUGCUUACCAUCGAAAAUGUGAAAAAUGUUGAUUAAUUAACGAUAAGGACAGUCAUUUACAAUUGACGUUGGCACAAUGCUUUGGAAGAAUAAAUAUUGAUCGUUUCUUCUUCGUAUUACUGUCGUAAUCAACAACGUUGUCAUCCUAAACAAUAUAUCGAUAGACACUCCACUUCUGUGAAUAGGAGCGAUGUAUGUACUCGGGCGUGCAUAUAUUCCUAUCUCAGGUUUUAUUCCUUUUUUCUUUUUUUCUCCUUUUCUUUUUUUCUUUUUUUCUUUUUUUCUUUUUUUUUUUCCUUUUGCUUUUUUUCCUUUUUUCUUCCUUUCUUUUUUCCUUCUUUCUCUCUCUCUCUCUCUCUCUCUCUCUCUCUCUCUCCCAUCAAAAGCGACGAUUACGCAAUUAGUUUUGCUAUAGGAAUAAUGACAGAAUACAAAGUGAAACUUGUAAUUCGUACACAUAAUAGAUACCUUUGUUGCUAAUUCAGUGGCUGUGAAUGAAAAAGAAAGAAAAAAAGAAUAUUUUUCCAAUUGUAAUGUACACUUUAAAUAUACGCAUUUAUCAACAAUUUCAUGACACACUUGUAUGAAAUGAAUAAUGCUAAUUGUCAAAUGCUAGUCACAAUUUUCUGCAUUGGAUAAUAACUAACUAUUUUUUUGAAAUUUGUAUUUAAUAUCACGAUACAAUAAAUGUUCGAUAAGAGUCCGAUAUUUAGAGCGUUUCUCAUAUGCAGGUUUCAAUUGUCGUCUUUUACGUUGGUGCAUCCACGUACAGGCAGCAGGUAGACACGGGCGCGAUGUGCGAUCGAUAAAAACCCACGCACAUACUUCCGCUCCUAUGACAAUCCUAUCCCAGCCGAUCCCAUCCGUCUGCUCGCGGUGGAACUUCGUAAUAUAUCCAUAUACACGUGUGUGUGUGUGUGCGUGUGUGUGCGUGCGUGCGUGCGUGCGUGUGUGUGUGGUACACCCGCUGUGUCAUACAUGCUGGUAUCUGCAUUAAAAUGAUAUUUACCAAGAAUAAUUCGAUGUUAUGAUAAUUGACGACAGGUGCCUUUGCAGCUUCUAAUAACAGGAGAUCAUCACCACAGUACGUUAUAGCGUUACUACAAAGUGGUCCGAUGGAGGAUGUGCACAUACGAAAUCUAAUAUUUUUUUUGACUAUCGUAAAAAUUUUUUCAUUUAAAAUGUUUCAUCAUUAUUUUUACCAUUUAAUUAUUAGUCGCUCGUAAUAAAAGUUGAUUGUAAAUACUUUUUUACCUUGGUCUCUGUUCAUCUUAAAAUAUAUUUCAUGCUCAUCUUGAACUUGAAACUUAAUAAAAUAUUGCUUUUAACGAU